GCCCUCUCACGUUUCACAACCACGCCGUCACCGUGAAUGCCGUUUCCGCCGGCUUCUAGCAAACCGAGCUCACUCAAAAACCGGGUUCGUCUCCGCAAAAUUAGGUAAUGUGAUAAUAUGAUGAUGAUGAAAAAUCAUAGGUUUGUGACGUGGGAGGAGCACAUUGUGUGUCACGCGCGUGGAAAUCGUGUGGUGCAUUAUUACUUGAAGAAGGCUUCUGGAGAAUAUGUUCUUGCUGUUAUAGGGACCGAGAAGAGUAUACGGCACAUGCUGUAUGUUGUUUCGGAUGAGUUUCUAGAGACAUGUGGCUCCAAUGCAUCCAUCAAUGCGUGUACCAGGUGGCGAGCUAGACGAGAAGUUGUGCACUGGCUUGGAUCCUUGCUCUCCAAGCGUGGCCGCUCCGAGGUUUCAAAUUCGCCAUCAAAUGAGACAACGGAAACUUUAUCGCUUAAUGGAGUCAGUGCUCGUCAAACUGAUCAGAUGGUUCCAAGGAAACUGAAAGGUCAAAAUUCACAUAUUGAAUGGUCUGGUGUUGCCUGGAUUUGUGGCAAGCAGCUGAAGCACUACCCAGCAUUUUGCAGGAAUGGAACUACUGUUUCUGUCCAUUCCUUUGUCUACAUUAUGGCUUUAGAAAAAUAUUACUACCUUGGUUAUGUGGAAGACAUGUAUGAAGACAGGAAAGGGAAGAGAAAAGUUAAAGUGCGAUGGUUUCACCACAGUAAGGAAGUGGAGGAUGUGAUCCCUGAUCUAAACCCACACCAGAGAGAAGUUUUUAUCACACCUCAUGUACAGGUGAUUAGUGCUGAGUGUAUUGACGGUCCUGCAACAGUUUUAACUCCUAUACAUUAUGAGAAAUGUUUGGCUGUUGCUCACAGUUCUUUAUCUGGAGUCCAUAUGUGCUUUAGACAGUUUAAGAACCAUGAGGUUAGGCCCUUCAGUCUUGCAAAGUUGCGGGGGUAUUCUACUCAAGCAAUCCUUUCUUCCUUACACUUUCCCCAAGUUUCCAAGAAAAUAGUCAAAUGCCAUAUGUUAUAUGAUAGAGAUGCGGAAGAGCAAACAUUUGGUGAUCCCCUGAGGGUAUAUAGUAAGAGAACUAGAAGCUAUGAGGAGCAUCAGGGAUGUGCACCUGGUUAUUCGGGUAUCGGAAACUUGCAUACCCAGAGUCAGCUAAAAAACUGUGUUCCAACAUACCCAAAGUUGAAAAUAAAAUUAUCACGCAAAGCAAUUGGAGUUGAUGUUGAAUCUGUUCCCCAGUGUCCAUUGUCUUUUAAGGUUGAUGAGAAGAUAGAAUUGCUCUGUCAAGAUAGCGGCAUCCGAGGAUGCUGGUUUAGGUGUAAGGUUUUGAAGACAUCUCAGAAGCUUCUCAAAGUUCAAUACCAUGAUGUGCAAGAUGUAGAUGGAUCUGGUAAUUUAAAGGAAUGGGUUCCUGCGUUUAGAGUUGCUUCUCCUGAUAAACUGGGAAUGAGAUGCUCAGGCCGACUGACAAUUCGGCCCUGCCACCCCAAUGAUUCUGCCAUAUUUUCUAUUGAGGUUGGAGUACCAGUUGAUGCAUGGUGGAGCGAUGGCUGGUGGGAAGGUGUUGUUGCUGGAGUUGACGCCUCUGGAACUGCUAUACAAGUCUACUUCCCUGGUGAGGACAAGCUUCUGACUUUCCAGAGGCAGAAUAUUAGGGCUUCGAGAGACUGGGUUGACAACAAAUGGGUUGAUAUAAAGGCAAGGCCUGAUAUACUGUUACAUAUAUCUGAAAAUGUCAGAUGUAGCAUUAAAAUCAUGACGCCCUAUGCUAGUGCUACGGCAGAAGGGUGUUGCUCCAAAGUUCAUACAUCUCCUAAAUUUGAAGUUUUUGAAGAAAAACCAGAAUUACUAAAUUUAGUUCCAAUGGGUGAUGGGCUGGAAAAUGAGAAGAUGGUCAAUUUGAGGAAGCAGCCGUGUAUCAGUAAAGACAAAAACAACAAUUCUAGUAAUGGUUGUACUUGCAGCAAGGAUGAUUCUAUUGUUGAGGAAGAAGUUGAUCCUGCCUGUGAGACAUGUCGAACACCACAAGCCAUGGAAGUGGCUACUCAGGACUGA